UGUUUCUGUCCCAUGGUUCCCCUGGGGUUCUGCAUGGAAUGUUGGGCUGUGCCUGUAGCAACUGCCCUUGUCUGCUGAUCCUGCGGCCGUUGGUGGAACACUGGUGGAGCAGCGCUGGAGCAGCAGCUGCAGCAUCUGCUCCUGGCUGUCCCUCAGCAGCCACCUUCUGCACUCGGCGCCACAGCUGGCCUCUGCAGCGACAUCCUCAUCUCCUCGUCUACUGCCAGGCAUCCCCACAGCACUUUGGCACUGUGCAAGGUGGAAAGGAGAGGCACAAUGAAAAGGAAAGCAAGAGCCCACACUGAGCCGUGAGUUUUGGCCUAGGGUUAAAGGACAGCAAACUUGAGGAAUGGCGAGCAAGACAACUGCUCUUUCAGAGUCACAGUGGGAUUGGUCCAAGGCCGUGGCUGCACGCCAGGUGUCUCUUGACCACUUGCCUUUCUUACGUCCUACUCCUUCUUCCUCUAGACACAUCAAUGUUGGCAGUGACUUUCAGGCCGAGCUCCCUGAGCUGCAGACCGGGCCGCCAAGUGAGGAUGAAGAGCCUGCAACCCUGGUCUGGAAGCCCUUGGAGGAAGACGACCCUGACCUGGAAAAACCAGACAGAGGCUCUGAUAGAUGGACACCUGAGGAGAAGGAGGCCUUCCAAAAGGCUUUCCACACCUACGGCAAGGAUUUCCAUCUCAUCCAGAAGCAGAUCCCGAGUAAGACUGUGGCACAGUGUGUGGAGUACUACUACUGCUGGAAAAAAGAGCAGAAACUUGCCAGCAGCACUCUUGCUCACGUGAGUGGGAAGAAAAUCCAGACAUGCCAGCAGGGUCAAGAAACUGGCAGAAGGGGACAAACCCUGCUGUCAAGCCACACCACAUGCCGCUUUGCCAGGUUCCCUUGGUCCCACGCACUGGGAGAGGCGCAGCAGGUGCUGCCCAGACUUUUGUUGUGCUGCUGCCCUGAAAUACGGAAUUGUGGAGCACAACUUUGACCCAACAAAGCAGCACCACCAUCAAAAUGGGCUUUGACUCUCUACAAAUCGGUUUCUCAAGGGCUGGCACCCUCAGAUUCCAAUCAGACCCUUCAUUCCCCACUGCUUGCUAACAUCAGCCAUCUGGGCUGCCUUCAUGGAGAUGCUGCCAAAUUUUAGAGAUCUUUUGUAGCACCCCAGCGUAUCCCCAAAAAGGAGCUGCCAGUGCCAUGGCACCUUUAAUACUUUCCUUACUGGCAGAGAGCAAUUUGCUUCACAGAGAGAGACAGAGAGAGGGAGAGAGAGAGAUUAUUUUGGGUAGGAGAAAAUGGGUAAUCAUGUGUCUUCACUAGUGUGACUGAAUGUAAAAGCCACGCCCUAGACAUGUGGGGAGGAAAACCAGAGAUAAAUAGAUGUUAGGCAGAGAGGUAGAAAUCAGACAUGUAGAACUAUGGAUAGCCACGUAUUUAUCCCACCCCCUUAGAGCUGUGGUAAAGGGGAGUAUUUUCCUCCAACCUCCAUGGUUGGCAGCCUGCCGCAGCCCACUGCCAUAUCCAGCCCUUUUCUCAGCUCUUUGGGGUUUGGAAGAAUUUGCUUAGGCCAAUAGAUUUUUGGGGUGGAUGCUGUGAAUUCCAGCUUUCUAAAAGGAAGGAAGGAAGCAUAAGUAAGGAUUCUUUGAUUUCCAGACUGCGGGCAAACGGAAGAGGAGGAAAAGCCCUCCCAGGAAGGAGACUGGGGAGACAGGGAAGAGA